AUGGCGGAUAGUCUCCUCGAGAACUACAACCCGCUUUACGAUGUCCAUCUGCGGCAAUAUUUUGCGCUGCCGCAUAUGCAGAAACAUCUUCGUCGUAUGGGUUUAAUUGAUUCCAACGGGAAAAUGCGUGACGGUGAAGAGGCGGUUUACGCUCGACAUAAUAUGAUGAUGGAUAUGAUGCUCAAAAAUAGGGAACAACAACUGUUAAAAUUAGCUGAACUACAGAAAAAGUUAGAUGCUGCUGAGAAAGUCGAGGUCUAUAGACGGAUUAGGAGCGGCCAGAGCCCAGAAUCGUUUCGUCGGGUGAAGGCGUCCAGAAGCUUGUCAAGAGGCCGUCCAAGGGAAGAAUCCGGGGGUAGACGACGUCGUUAUUCCAACAGCUCCGAUGAUAAGCGGAUGAUCCAGAAGGUUGAGACCACCGACGAAGCUGAUCGGAUCAAUGAGAAGGAUCCGUAUGCCAGGCUGUCUGCCAAGGCGUCGAAAUAUCGAUAUUUGCAUAAGCUGGAUGACCGUACCCUCGUCGACUAUCAAGAUCAACUCCGUCGCGAGCUGGACCGACUCGAGCGCUUCCGAGACCUCUCGUUCGGCGUCCACUCUGUUGCCCGCCAUCCUCCAUCAUCAGCGCAGUCGUGGUUCUUCAGGAGGAGGUCGCUGCCCUCCCUGACGGCGUCGGCCCCGGCCGCCGCCUUACACGAACCGCUCAGGUCGGUCAAUUCGUUGCGUGGCCGAAAGGUGACGUCAUCGCCGAGGAGGGUUGCGAAUGAUUCGUGUCCACCUACCGUACGACAGAGGAGGACUUCGAAUAGUGCAAAUCCUCGUUUGCCACCGAUUCAGCGUAAGCAAGUUUCAAAAUCGGCUGCCACCAAUGUCACCAAGUCAUCAGCAAAGCCUGUAAGGCUGCCACCAACACAACCAUCCACCAGAGCCAAGUCCCAGUCGAAAGAACGCGGCUCAACCAAAGCCUCAAAACGCGACAAGCUCCCAGCCUUGGAGGCUGUCGGUGUUGGCAUCGGUCUGACUGCCGGUGGAAUCGGUGCAGCUGUAAUGGCCAGAAAACAAUCAGAAGGCAAACCAAGCCCACCGCCAGCCGCUGCUUCUUCUCCAUUGGCUUCACCAGCUCGAACCGAAUCAAUCCAUGGCGAUGAUCGUCAACUGGGCGACGAACAAUGCACAUUCUACGAAGAUGGCCAAGUCUAUCGCCCAGCCAGCAAUGCAACAAAUGGCACAAGUGACACUGGAGGUGCUGAUGAAACCAACGAUGAAUAUUCCGCCACCCAAACCACUGAAGAUGAACGUGAACGAACACCGGAACCACAGACUGAACCCGAAGACCUGCCCACCCCCCGCUCAUCAGAACCUCAUCAUAUCGUUGAGCGCAGUGCCAGCCCCGGCCAAGAGGAAAACCGUGAAAUCGAGGACCUAGAGGAGGAGCCAGUUCAUCUCAAAGAGAUACCGCCCCAGGAAGCCGAGGCUGAGCCUCACCAUGAACCCGAGAUCCGAGGCUCCGAUGAGCCCGAGGGUGGCAAAUCUCCGAGCCCGAUCCCCGCCUCUCCCAUCGCUAGUGAGAAAGAGAAUGAGCUGGAAGAGGAAGCUCACCAUCAAAUUGAGACCGAUGGCCACCAUGAUCAGGUUGUUGAGGCUCACUACGAUGAAAGGGAGGCUGAAGGCAAUCCUCAUGAUGAAGAACAUCAUGCUGUACACAAACGAGUUCUUGAUGAGAAUGAGGCCCCAACCGCUGAAUCAGUUGAAGAGCAAGCGGAGCGUGAAGUGUUCCAUCAUGUCAUCCAUCGGGAAGAAGAGCCUAUUGAUGAUCAUCAUGUUCUCGAGAGCCAACCAAACGUUGAGCAUCAAUUUGAGCAGCAAGAAGAAGAACGGGUGAUCACACCGGUUGAGGCAAGUAUUGCGGUCGAAGAAGAGGCAGCAGAAGAACAUGUAGCUCAUUCACCUGUUGGGUCAGGCAAUGAAGAGCAUGAGCAUGAGCAGGAAGAAAUACAUGCCCGCAAUUUCACCCCAGUAGAGGCGGAGCAUGUUGAGGAAAUUCAUCAACCUACAGUCGAAUACGAAGAUACAGCUGAACCAGAGACUCAAAGGUCACCGAGCCCGCCGGCUGAUACUAAACGGUCUGCUAGCCCAAUUGUUGAAGCUCAUCGAACACCCAGUCCACCGGUUGAAGCUGCCCGAACACCUAGCCCACACCAACAACAACAUCGCACUCCCAGCCCUCCAGCAGAGGCUGAACGUGAGCCAACGCCUACGGAAUCUAUCCAUCGAGAGCCAAGCCCAGUAAAAUCUGAAGACCACCAUGUUGAUGAACAACCUGAAUCUCCAAUCCAACCGAUUCCAAUCAAUGAGGUCGUUGAUCAGGCCAUGAACCAAGUAAGCGAAGAAUUGACCCGGUCCUUCUAUCAAGGGGCUGAAGAAGAUGCUGGACCAGAAGAUACAAACUCUCCAAUCAUGAUGCGAUCACAUUCACCUGUCCAUCUCGAGCAAGAGGUCCAAGAUUCACAUGACGCACGACGCGGCAGCAUCACUGAGAGGCAGCUAGAUGAUCAGGUGCUUGAUGAGGACACUAAUAUUGAGCCCUAUCAGCAUCAAGAUGAGCGAGCUCUGGAUGAUCGUGAGUAUCCGGAAGAGGAUUUGCAUGAGCACCCAUCAAUGCACAGCGAAUCGGAACAUCCGGUGGCGGGAGAUGCUGACGAAGAUCCGGAGAUACCACCCCAUUCACCGGUAGCAAAUGAUGUUGAAGAAGAACCGAUAGUAGCCACUCAUCUUCAUGAGCUGGGACAUCAGCCCGAAGAAGAACAUCGACCACCGAGUGAGCCGCUCAGCGAGCAUGAGCCGGUCAAAUCUGCAUCCCCUGUCAUCCAGGACCGUGUGUAUAGUCCGGUGGAAGCUGCCAUCUCCCCUGUUGGAGAUGAACAACGGGAAGAGCGUCUUGUUACUCCAGUGGAAGACGAACAGGUACAGGGAGCUGUCUCUGAAUCUCCGGCUCCUGCUGCCGCAACUCCAGAACCGGAAGCACACCCUGAGUCACCUGUCCAUGAUCAUCAUGCUCAGGAAGCAGAGCAUGGCGUAGUCCAGCACGACGAUAUCCCAGUUGGCGGUCACAAUCAGGAACAACAAGAGGAGGAUACGGAAGAUCAAGAGGAAGCUGUGCAUCCACCAGCUGGCCAUGUCGAUGACCAUGUCUGUUCGAUCCUCGACACUCAGCCACAGGGGGAGGAUGAGCUGUCGGAGCAGGAACUUAGUGAACGCCGAUCACCAGCCGAGCUUCACUACCAACCGUUUGUCAACACUGAGGAGGAGCCGGAGGCGGAACAUCACGAUCUCCACCAUAGUCCGAUGAGUCAGGGUGAGGAUUUCCAUCUGCAGUCACAAGAGGCGCUUGGCGUUCCGACAAUUCUGGAGACAGCCGCUAGUGAGCAUGGGCACGGAUCGGAAGACAAUCUAUCUACCGAUUCCAUGAUUAUUCAUCAGGAGGCUGUAGAGAAGGAGGAAGAGCAUCCGGUUGGGGAUCAUGAGACUCACAGCGAUGAGGAAGCGAAGAGAAGCAGCGACGAAAACGGGAAUACUAACGGUGAACACGGGGAGGUCGAACAGAAUUACCCAGAUGGAACACAUGUCUACGAGCAGGAAUAUGAGGACGAGAACGGCGGUCAUGUACACCGCAAGGUUGUGCAUAGUGAGCAUGAGGACGAGAAUGGCCACUACUACAGUCAUCACGAGAGUGAGACAACGACUCGGCUGAUUCAUGCUGGCUCUAAGACGCCCGGAAGUGAGCGUCCAGCCAGCGGAUCCCCUCGAAUGAGCCCAACCAUGGAACAAUCAAGCCUC